UAAACUCAAAACCCCUUACCUUCGAUGAGGUCUACAACCAGAGCUCGCCCACUAACUGCACCGUGUACUGUGGAGGCUUGACUACCGGACUCACUGAGGAACUCAUGCAGAAGACCUUCCAGCCCUUCGGGACUAUCCAGGAGAUCAGAGUCUUCAAAGACAAGGGCUAUGCCUUCAUCAGAUUUUCGACGAAAGAAAGCGCUACCCACGCAAUUGUAGCGGUGCACAACACAGACGUGAACGGACAACCUGUGAAAUGCUCGUGGGGCAAGGAGUCCGGGGACCCGAAUAACGCGCAAGCGCAAGGACAGCUUGGCGGCACAGCGUACAGCCCUUUCGGAGCGGCAUACACAGCUGGCGGCGUACCACCCACCUCGUACUGGUACAACACGUACCCCCAACAGAUUGGGGGAUUCUUGCAAGGCGUACAGGGCGUACAGGGCUACUCAUAUGCGCAGCAGUUUGCAGGAUACCAGCAACAGUAUAUGGGCAUGGGCGGCGUGCAACUCCCCUGGGCUCUUGGAGGUGGUGUAGGCGGCGUAGGUGGCGUAGGCUCAGUCGGUGGAGUGGCAGCCAUGUCCCAGCCUCCCCCUGUGCUACACUACCCGUUGCAGCACUUCCAGGUGCAGCCGAUCAGUGAGGACGAAUGGCUUGCCCCCAGCCUCCUCGUGUGAGGCCAACGCACCGCUCCGCCCGACUCCUGCUGCUGCCUACACAAAGAAUGGACGAAUCAACACCCUGUUUAGUUACGGUCUUUCAUAAACUCUGUACUUGUUCGGUCUUUUCACAAAACUGUUCUUGAGUAACGGUCUUUUCACAAAACCGUUCUUGAGUAAACGGUCUUUUCACUAAACUGUUCUUGAGUAACGGUCUUUUUACAAAACUGUCCUUGCCGGCCUUUAACAGCUGUUUCCCAACGCUGUUCUUGAUUUAUCAUUUCAAUUGUUCUAUACAUCUCAUCUUUAUUUGUGGUCUUUUCAAAGUGCUAUUCUAUGUGAAAUUUUUGUUUGUCGAUGAAUUUAUCGCAAAAUCUAUUCACUAAUGUUUAGAAAGUAUUUUUUAGUUUUUUUUCCAAAGUUUUGAAUUAAUUUUGAAACAAUUCUAAUCGAGUUUAGGCAAAUACUAAUUCAUACCCUUGUUGUAAUAUAGUCACAUC